AUGGAUAAGCUUCACCGAUCCCAAACAAAAUUGACGACGAAUAUAACAAAUUUCUACGACAACUCGACCGUCAAGGUCGGCGUAGAAAAACAAACUCUGUCACAUUUCGAGACGCGGCUAGGUAUUCUCGAGAACUAUUGGUCAACUUUCAUUUCUCGACACGAGGACUUGCUCGAGUACGAAGAGCAGCUAGCCGGCGAUAGCUACUUCAAGGACGAUGUAUACUCGCUAGUUAAGCUGGCGUACAGCGACGCAAAAGCGCGCCUCUUGACGCGAAUUUCGGAGCUCAGGGGCCCCGCGCCGUUUCCCGGUCAACUUUCCGCGCCUAUUAUCAACGCUAAUGCUGCGGAGCAAUACGCGUCUUUGCCGCGGAUUGCUCUGCCCACUUUCUCGGGUAAACAAGAGGAAUGGGAGAGCUUCAAGCAGCGCUUUUCUUCGCUUGUCGUCUCGAAGGCCACCGUCCCGCCGAAAGCAAAAUUGCAGCACUUGCUCAAUGCUGUGCAGGGCGCGGCUGCGCAACGUCUGAAGGGUAUCGAACUUACAGACGCAAUCUUCGAGGUCGCAUGGAUAAAGCUUACUCGUCGCUAUGAUAAUCCACGCAUACGUUUGCUGAACGGUAUCGAGAGCUUAAUUCAGCUUCCAGCUGUUAAAGCUCGCAAUGUUGCGGAUCUUAACGAAACAAUGGAUCGUGCGGAGGAAUCGGUUCGCGCGCUAAUAGAUCUCGGUUGCCCGAUCGAGCAAACAAAUUAUUUUGUUGUUCAUUGCGUCAUUCGUAAGCUCGACUUAACGUCUCGCGAGGUGUGGGAGGUUUCGCAGGAACGGACGGCUCACGUCGGCCCGCAGUCGAGCGACGCCGGAAAAGCUAACUCGGCAUCAAAACAAAGCGGCGAUCGUUCUAAACGCGUCGCGGAGAACGCUGCGCAAACGGACGAGUCCGCCGGAACAACAAAGAGCUGCGUAGCUUGCAAAGGCAAUCACUACGUAAAUAGGUGCCAAGAUUUCAAAUCCAUGCCAGUAUCGCAGCGCUGGGAUUUAUGCAAACGCGAGAGGCUUUGCGUAAAUUGCCUGAGAGCGUCACAUUUUGUGGAAAAAUGCCCCUCUCCCAAUCGUUGUGUGACUUGCGAUGCAAAGCACCACUCGAAGUUGCACUUCGAGAGAAAAGCAAAGCCGCGCAACGAGGAGGUUUCCUCGCGCGCUAGCGCCCCUCGCAAGGAUGACAAUCCUUCGGACGAGACUGCCGGCCGUCCUGUUGCUGCGCACAAUGCAUUAGUUGGUCGCACAAUUCUUCUUGCGACCGCUGAACUAAUCGCGAUUGGCCCCAACGACAAGCGGCUGCGCAUUCGCGCUCUUGUUGAUCCUGGGGCCGAGCGCUCCUUCAUUACGCAUCACGUGAUCUCAGAGCUGGGACUUCCUUGUAGUUCCGUGAAUAUCAAGGUCGUCGGAGUAGGCGGGAGCGCUUCUUCUACAGCGCACCGCGAAGCUGAACUCAAGGUGGCACCCAGAGGCGAAUCCAACUUAACGAUCUCGGUCUCGGCGUUAGUGUUGCCUAAGCUCUCUCAGCCUCUGCCUUACAAGCAUGCGGUUACCUCGGAAUUGCCUCAUAUCCGAGGGCUCAAGUUAGCCGACCCACAGUUCUUCGAGUCUCGACAGAUAGACUGCAUCCUCGGUGCCGACGUCUAUCCGUCGGUCAUUCAAGAUGGGACAAAACGCGGUCCAGCGGGCGCCCCUUUAGCUCAAAACUCCGCUUUCGGAUGGCUGCUCACGGGCCCCCUGGCCAGCGUUGACACAAGCAACACGAUGCACGUUCGCGCGUUUCACAUUCACACUGAUAAUCUACUUGCAGUAGAAUUACAGAAGUUUUGGGAAAUCGAGGAGACGCCACGCAAAUCCUUGCUCACGAGCGACGAGAGCAAAUGCGAGGAGUCGUUUCAUCAGACUUCUUUUCGCAAUGCCGACGGCCGUUUCGUGGUUAAGCUGCCUUUCCAAAGCACGCCAAAGUUUUCCGCCUCUCGAGAUAUCGCCGCUGCUUGCUUCAUUCGCUCCGAGAAGCGCAGACAUCGCGAUAGCGAUCUCGCUGAGUCUUAUGGUAGCUUCAUGCAGGACUACAUAGACCAGCGUCACAUGGAACCCGUGCCAUCUGACGAGCUCAGCAGGCCAUCCUUUUAUUUGCCUCAUCAUGCAGUGAGACGGCCCGAGAAUACAAGUAAGGUGCGCGUAGUCUUCAACGCGUCGCAAAAGGACUCAAACGGCGUCUCGCUCAACGACUUGCUGCUGGCAGGUCCCAAGCUUCAAGCGGAUAUCGCUCAAGUGCUGACGCUGUGGAGAUUUUUUAAGUUUGUAUUUACAACGGAUAAAGUCCAAAUGUUUCGACAGAUCCUUGUACACCCGGACGACAGGGACUGGCAACGAGUGCUCUGGCGUUCCUCCACCGCCGAGCCCAUCACGGAUUAUCGGUGCACGACUAUCACCUACGGGACGGCCUCUGCGCCUUACUUGGCGCUCAAGGUCAUGCAAACUCUCGCCACGGACGGUGCCGAGACUCACCCACACGCCGCUGAGACGCUACGCCGUCGACUCUACGUCGACGACCUAUUUGCUGGAGCAGACACGCUGGACCAGGCGCGCGAGCGGCGUGACGAGACGAUUCAGCUGCUGUCAUCCGCCGGCAUGGCGCUAGGCAAAUGGGCAAGCAACAACUCCUUCAUCCUUGAGGGGCUUGAAGCAAUGGCGGCUAAGGCCAUUAACCUCAAGCAGGACGACGCCGUGUCAAUACUGGGCUUGCAGUGGCUGCCCAACUCGGACUCCUUCACCUUCAAACCAAAGGGGAUGCUCGUCGGUCAUGAAAUCACCAAGCGCGUCGUGCUGACAGAGAUUGCGCGACUCUUCGACCCUCUUGGCUGGAUAGCUCCGAUAAUCGUAAGUGCAAAGAUUGUUUUACAGGAUAUUUGGCUCCUCAGCCUCGAGUGGGAUGAGCUGCUGCCCGACGACCUCCAGUCACGCUGGACGCGCUUUCGGAGUGAGAUGCAACAGAUCUCGCUCAUCAGCCUCCCGCGGUGGCUGGGUGGCCUCGAGGCCGAGGAAUGGCACCUGCAUGGAUUCGCUGACGCCUCAAAGCGAGCUUAUGCAGCAGCGAUUUAUGCGGUGUACCCGAAUUGCUCUGCUCAGCUCCUCUUUGCAAAAACAAAGUUGGCGCCCACCAAAGUUCAGUCGCUGCCUCGACUCGAACUGUGCGGCGCAGUGCUGGCCGUACGGUUGGCCAAGCACGUGUCGGACGCUUCACCAAUCAAGCCGAGUCGUAUCCACCUUUGGUCAGACUCACGCGUGGUGCUGGACUGGCUGAAGACUCAUCCGGCCCACUGGCCAACCUUCGUCGCCAAUAGAACGAGCGAAAUUCUCUCCGAGUUGCCAGCAGCUACGUGGAGGCGCGUCAAAUCCUUCGACAACUCCGCAGAUUGCGCCAUCCGAGGCCUCGCGCCUUCGGCGCUUGCUCAAUUUUCUCUUUGGUGGCACGGACCCGUGUGGCUCACGCAGGAGCAAGAGAAGUAG